AUGGCGGACCUCAUGUUCCCCGUCAUUGACUACUCUCGGCUUGUUUCGGCCGAUGCCACAAUUGCUGCCGGCGAGAAAGACAAACUCUUUCAGUCCUUCACAGAGGUCGGCUUCAUAUAUCUCAAGAGUUACGUUUUCACUGACGAUUUCAUGAAAACCAUCUUCUCCCACGUCCACAAACUCUUUGACCUGCCAGAGGAACAGAAACUAGCCAUCGAAGGUGGCGAGAAAUCAGCAUUCCGCGGAUGGUUCGAACCUGUCCGCACAGCUAGCCAUCCCGAGUCUGCUGACCAGAAGGAAGCCUUUGGACUGGGCAAUGAUGCAGACCCCACACGUCCCAACCAUUGGCCAGAAGACUGGCCUGAGUUCCGCCAGGACUGCUCGCGCUUCUUUGAGGAGUGUUUCAAGAUGCAUCUGGAGAUUCUGUGUGCGCUGACGGAGAAGGUUGGAUUGCCCCGGGAGACACUCGUCCCUUCAGUCCAGGAUAAGGAUUCCUACACGGCCCUCCUUUAUUACCCAGAGACUAGUGUUGAGAGUUUUGAUCGACGGGUGCGAUCAGCGCCUCACACGGACUUUGGUACUCUGACGCUGCUCUUCAAUGAUUCAGUCGGUGGGCUACAGGUGCGCAAUAAGCAAGGGGAAUGGAGUGAUGCGCCUCCAAUUCCAGGCCAUGCGAUUGUGAAUGUGGCGGAUCUUCUAUCCCGUUGGUUCAACAACCGCCUGAAAUCCACCGAACACAGAGUUGUUGCACCCACUGUCGAGACUCGUCAGCUGGCGGAUGGAUCAGUGACGAACGUAGUGCCCGCUCGAUACGCCAUCGCCUGGUUUGGUCAUCCAAACCGUGAUGCUGUAAUUAAACCCUUGGAAGAGUGUAUUGCCGCCGACUACCCUCAACAGUAUGAAGCUGUUGUCGCUGGCAAGCAUGUUAAGGAGCGCAUGGCGAGGCUUCUGGACGAGGGAAAGCUACCAGAGAAAUGGUCUGAUGAUAUGCACCGCAAAGCGGUGGCGGCUUGA